UCUUCCCAGUCGCGGGCCCGAGGGCCAGAGACGAGGCUGGACUGGGGAAGACUUGGUCUGGCCCAACUGCACCCCGAGUUGGCCCCUCUUGCCUUUUUUAGUGUUGGGGAGCACAGGAAAACUUCAGGAAGAGUGUCGGGGCAAUUCCCAUGAAUUGGUUUGUAAAUGUGUGCAGUGAGCGAGCCGAGCCGAGAGGAAGCGAGAGCGCCCGAGUUUGCAAAGAGCUGCUUUGUGUUUGGUAUUUUGAGAAAAUGGCCGAAUGCCUAUUUCAGCCAGGAAUGCCGCCGCCGAGGCAGGCGCUGGUGGCAGGAGCACAUAGGAAUUCGUGCAACACAUUGGGCUUUGGAACUUUACUUGGAUAGUCUUACUAACAAACGUUAAAAUUCCUUUAGGGAUGGUAGUUAGGGUUUUUGGGGAGUAUUGGAAGAGUCGGUGUUUGUUUGGUUAAAUAAGCAAGUAACUCGGGCUAUUAAACCUUGGGACAGCUUUUGCCCUCGGUUUGUUCUCUGUGAUGGCAUUUGAUUCCAACUUUUGUUGGUACAUAUAACUCAACCGGUUUGUGUUUAUACAUUUUGGUGAAACGGAUUACUUUUGUAUUUUGGAUCUAACUUUUUUAGUACUUUAUGUAAUUUGCAAGAGAACAUCUACUUUGAGAAUAGUACCCAAAGGUUGGAGAGCAACCUGGUUAAGAGGAUUUUAAAAAGCCCAGCAUGUUUUCAAGAAGGUGAUCUUGUAAUGGCUUCCCACUAGGCAAGUAGGCCAAGUCAAACACGAUGCAAAAAAGUUGCUGAUUGUUGAGUUGAGUUGUAUGAUUAUUUUAUUUUAUUAGGUGUGCAAAAAGAUUCUUUAUCUUCAUUUGUGAAAUUUUGAGUACACCAAACUUUUUCACAGGAAAAGAAGGCUCGUAUUUUUGUUUCCCCCUUUCAAACAGGACAAAUCAGAAAAAAAAAGAAACUACCAAUACAGUUAUGGCCACCCAGGUAAUGGGGCAGUCUUCUGGAGGAGGAGGGCUAUUCAACGGCAGUGGCAACAUUGGCAUGGCCUUGCCUAACGAUAUGUAUGACUUGCACGACCUCUCCAAAGCUGAAUUGGCUGCUCCUCAGCUUAUCAUGUUGGCAAAUGUGGCCUUAACUGGGGAAGUAAAUGGCAGCUGCUGUGAUUACCUAGUUGGUGAAGAAAGACAGAUGGCAGAAUUGAUGCCUGUUGGGGAUAACAACUUUUCAGAUAGUGAUGGAGAAGGACUUGAGGAGUCUCCUGAAGUAAAAGGCGAACCCAAUGGACUGGAAAACAUGGAACUGGAAAGUUUGGAACUCAGUGUUGCAGAGCCACAGCCUGUGUUUGAGGUACCAGCUGCCCCAGAAAUUUAUAGCUCAAAUAAGGAUCUUCCUCCUGAAACACCUGGAGCAGAGGACAAAUGCAAAAACUUGAAGACCAAACCCUUUCGCUGUAAGCCAUGCCAGUAUGAAGCAGAAUCUGAAGAACAGUUUGUGCACCAUAUCAGAGUUCAUAGUGCCAAGAAGUUUUUUGUGGAAGAAAGUGCAGAGAAGCAAGCAAAAGCCAGGGAAUCUGGCUCUUCCACUGCAGAAGAGGGAGAUUUCUCCAAGGGCCCCAUUCGCUGUGAUCGCUGUGGCUACAAUACCAAUCGAUAUGAUCACUAUACUGCUCACCUGAAACACCACACCAGAGCAGGGGAUAAUGAGCGAGUCUAUAAGUGCAUCAUUUGCACGUACACCACAGUAAGCGAAUAUCACUGGAGAAAACACUUGAGAAACCAUUUUCCAAGGAAAGUAUACACAUGUGGAAAAUGCAACUAUUUUUCAGACAGAAAAAACAAUUAUGUUCAACAUGUUCGAACCCAUACAGGAGAACGCCCAUAUAAAUGUGAACUUUGCCCUUACUCAAGUUCUCAGAAGACUCAUCUAACUAGACAUAUGCGUACUCACUCAGGUGAGAAGCCAUUUAAAUGUGAUCAGUGCAGUUAUGUGGCCUCUAAUCAACAUGAAGUAACUCGCCAUGCAAGACAGGUUCACAACGGGCCUAAACCUCUUAACUGCCCACACUGUGACUACAAAACAGCAGAUAGAAGUAACUUCAAAAAACAUGUAGAGCUACAUGUUAAUCCACGGCAGUUCAAUUGUCCUGUAUGUGACUAUGCAGCUUCCAAGAAGUGUAAUCUGCAGUAUCACUUCAAAUCUAAGCAUCCUACUUGUCCUAAUAAAACAAUGGAUGUCUCAAAAGUGAAACUAAAGAAAACCAAAAAGCGGGAGGCUGACUUGCCUGAUAACAAUACCAAGGAAAAAACAGAAACAGAGCAGAUAAAAACAAAGGGGGAUGUGGCUGGAAAGAAAAAUGAGAAGUCUGUAAAAGCAGAGAAAAAAGAUAAUGUUUCAAAGGAGAAAAAGCCUUGUAGUAAUGCUUCGAUCCAAGUGACUACCAGAACUCGCAAAUCAGCAAUGGAAGCUAAAGACGCAGAUGUGCGUACAGGAAACAAUUCAGAAAAAACCUGUAAAACCAAGAAAAGUAAAAGGAAGGUAGAAGUGGAAGCCCAUUCCUUACAAGAUUCUGUUAAUGAUGAGGAACCUGUGACAAAAAAGAAAAAGAAGACAGAAAGCAAAUCCAAAAAUAGCCAGGAAGUGCCAAAGGCUGAGAACAAAGUAGAGGAGAAUAAGAAGCAAAAUACUUCUGGGAAAAAAAAUACAAAGAAGAAAACUUUGAAAAAUAAUAAAUCAAGUAAAAAAAGCAGCAAGCCUGCUCCGAAGGAGACUGUUCAGAGGGGGCCUGCUCAGACAGAGCCACCGCCUCCCGUGGAGCCUUCCGUGGAGUCUUCCGUGGAGCCUCCCGUGGACCCUCCCGUGGAGCCUGCUCAGAUGCAGCCUGUUCACACAGAGCCUCCUCCUCCCCAGCCUUCUCUGAUGGAAGUUGUUCAGAAGGAGCCUGUCCACAUGGAGGAGCCCCCUCCUGUGGCACCUCCUUCUCUGGUGGAGCCCCCUGUGGUGGAGCCUCCUCCCCCCAUGGAGGAGCCUGUUCCUGUGGUGGAGCCUGCUCCUGUUCCGGAGCCUCCAGUUUCCAAAAGGUCUCCUCAAAAAGAUAAGAGAAAGGAAAAGUUGAACAUACAGAAUGAAAUGGCUAGGAAGGAGCAAGUCCUUAUUGAAGUUGGCUUAGUGCCUGUUAAAGAUAGCCAGCUUCGGAAGGAAAGUGGAGGGGCACAGGAUUUCUUACCACCAUCACCACCAUUGCCAAAGGAAAACUUAGAAGAAGAGGAGUCAGCAGACCAAAAAUCACUCACUGAAUGCGAAGAAAAUAAAGAAGCUCCCCUUCAAAAAGUAGAAGCAGAAGAGGCAGAUAAGAGUCUAGCUGGUCUUGCUGCUGUUGUCAAGGAAUCUGCCGAUACUUCAUCCUCUGAACAGAACUUGAAUAUGCCAGAGGGGGAAACUUCAGAUGGUAAACAUCAGGCUGACACUGGGCUUUGUGAAAUGGAUACUAGUGAGAACAAAACAGAGAAUCCCUCUGGAAAAGACUCAGCAGUCGAGCCAGUUUCACCACUGCUUCUUCCCCUACCAACAGAAAAAGGUGAAGCAGUGUUCAAAACUGGCGUGGCAUCACCUCCUGUUACCAUUGCAGUCAACGAGUCUCAGGAAAUGGAUGAAGAUGAAGGCAUCCACAGUCAUGAUGGAAGUGACCUAAGCGACAACAUGUCAGAGGGUAGUGAUGAUUCUGGAUUAAAUGGGGCCCGGCCAGUUCCACAGGAAACUAGUAGGAAGAAUGCAAAGGAAGCCUUGCCAGUCAAGGUGGCUGAGGGAGAUUUUGUUUGUAUUUUCUGUGAUCGUUCUUUUAGAAAGGAAAAAGAUUAUAGCAAACACCUCAAUCGCCACUUGGUUAAUGUAUACUUCCUUGAAAAAGCAGCUAAAGGGCAGGAGUAAUUAAACUUUGGAAACGGCUUCAGUUCUUAGUUCGUAAGGUCUACAUUUUAUAUUCAUUUAUACUGGUAGACCACCUUUUAUUUUUAGAAUUGCUUUAAUUAGUGUCUGAUGUUGAUUUUUAAGUGGCACUCUUUUUCUUAGGACUCUGUAUACCUAGUGUGUAAAUUUUAGCAAAUCCAAGGGAGUUAGUGUACUAAACCUGCAGACUCCUAAAUCUUUUAGCUUGUGCAUUUAAUUGGAACUAGAAGGCCAAGGUGGUAUUACAGCAUUCUGUUGCUUUUUCUAGCUAUGACUUGUCAGUUUCCUCCCCAUGUCUGUCUUCCUGUUACAAUUUAGUUUAUUCUUAAUUUUUUGUUUAGCUCUAUUAAAAUUGGCAUACUUAAAUAGCAAAUUACUUGAAGAAUUUGCCUGCUUUAUAUAAAGUUAGCACUUUAAAAUUUUUUUAGAGGUGAGAAGAGACAUUUAAAUUGAAAAAAAUCUCCCAACAGUGGAUAUUGUUUCAGUCCAGGUAUUUACUCCCGAGUUUUGAUCAAUAUUUCUUAUUUGUAUGUUAAUCGUCAUAAGAACAUUGAUUUUGUUUUUUUAUUUUAUUUUUUUAUUUUGGUGCUUUAAUGGCUAUAUUGCACAUUGUGUUUUUUUUUUAACCUAUGCAGUUAAAUUUUUCCUAGAUAUAGCAUUUGUGUUGAGCAGUAACACUUUAUACAUAUAUAUGCAUGUUUAUUUUGUCCUCUUUGGAAGGAUGCUUUUAGUCUUGUUUGCAAAAGGGCAGUUUUUCUUUUGCUGCAAUUGUCUUUUUUGCAGAAUAUUAGUGUGUGCAAGUUUGUGAGCAAAUGAAACAUGCAGGUUCAAGUCAUCGAUUUUGAUUUUCACAUCUUAUAUCUAUGCCAGAUCUGUAUUUCAUGUAAGUUAUUUAUUUUAAGUGGAUGUAGUAAAUUCACAGCUCUCAAUUUGAACUUUGCAAUAAAUGAACCACUAGGCUCUAUAUUGAAUGGAUUUUUCUCUCAAAUACCAACCAUAAGUAAAGUUUAUUGGCUUGUUUUAGUACAGCUACUGCUUAAAUGUACAGUAUUAAGUCAUCUUUGAGGAAAACUUUUUUUCGUAGAUGGUUGGUGUCCAUAUGACUACUCAGCUGAGUAAAGAACUGUGUGACAUUGGGAAAUUGCAAACCUGGAAUUAAAAGACAUAUACCACCUGCAACUUACACAGAAUGUCAGUUGUGAGAUUCCAAAGCCAUAGCAAUUAUACUGAAAACCUAGGAUGAUAAAUGCAGUAUGAGUGCUGAUUGACCAGCUGCUACUUCCUAUGAGUAUAAUGAAAAAGGCUGGUGAACCUUAAUUACAGUUCAGAUUUAAAAAAUCACACUUUCUCAGGGAUCUCCACAAAUUAGUGGGUUUCCUGGCUGUUCCUGUGACAGCCUCUUUAUACAGGUGAGGCCUCAAAUGAAUUGCAGCUAUCCUGGUGUUCCUAUGGGAAUACUUUGUAUGGGCAAAGGAGUGUGUAUUCCCAAACUAUUUUGGUAGGUUCUUUGGCCAGGUGCUAAAGAAUAUGGAAAUCCAACAUAGGAUUUUUCUUGCUGGUAGUAUUCAUUGCAGUAAAAAUAAACUAUGGUCCCAGUAGGGAGUCUUGAACAAUUCUGAUUUUUCAUUUUCUGUUCUGAAAUAACCACUUUAUGUUUCACUUAUUAUCAUUUUAAUCUGGUGAUCUCUUUGGGGCACAGGUUUCAGAGUUUGGCAGUGCAACAUGAAGAAGAUUAGGAAAAGCAUUGAUGAAGUGUGGGUGGAAAACUUGCUAAAAAUCUGAGAGUGAAGUUUGAGUUGAAAGACGUUUGAAUUGAACUUUGAAUUGACUGGGAGGCCAAAGAUUGAAAGAUGAUUCUCUCAAGACGUGAGGAGUAAGUUGUGUGUUCAUGGUGUGUGUUUUGUGUGCAUGAAUGGGAAUUUGUAAAUGAUGUUGAAUUGAAUUCUAGGUGAAUUCUCAGCUCCGACAAUCAUUGUCAACAGAAGAUCAAGCUGCAAAUAUUUAUGUUUUAAAACUUAAAUUAUAAAGCUAGUUAAAUCUUUCUAACAACUAGUUUUGAUGUUCAUGGGUACAUUUUAUAUAAGUUGUCUUUUACUUUAUAUGUGAAAAGAUUCCUGUUAAGUACAGAUUAGAGUCUGGGAAUCAGUUUUGGGGAUAGGUUUUUGUGGAUUUUUUCAUACUACAAAAAAAGAAAAAAAUUGACCUCUGUGGAAUUGGAUUGAUUUUCUUAUUUAGUUUUAAAGACCAGAACACCAAAAACAAAAAUAUAAAGGAAAUUAAAACCCUUUAUUGUUUAAUUAUCUGGAAAAAUUUUUACUAGAAAUUGAGUAGGACUUGAGGCCUUUAUUCCAGAAAACAAGGACUUGAUUGUCAGGCCUAUAUUAGGUUCUGAACCUUAAUGCCAUGUAUUUGUACUUACUAAAAAUUGUUUCAGUGAAAAGUAUAUUAGUAAUAUGAACUUCUAGUCUAGUUGGGAGUUCUUCCAUUUGCAGAAUGUGAUAUUUGCAUGGAACUGUUUGAAUCUUUGCUUUUUCAGUUUCCCCUCCACUGGAUAGAAUUGAAACUAGAAUUUUCCCUUUUGAUAAAGGAAUAAAAAGUGAAACAUGUUAUAUGUAAAUUGAUGUUUAGUAACUAGAGAUAAACUUGAAAUCCUAGAAGACAUUAUAAGCCUAAUCAUAGGUAGUUUUAUGAAAAUGUAUCUCUUAACUAUCUUUUUGCAUCUGUAAUGUUUUCAAGAUAUUUUAAGUUAUAUAUUUUUCCUCUUUUCAGAGCUGCUUUGGGGCUUUUUUUUUUUUUUAAUUGAAGUGUAAUUUACAAGGGGUAACAAUUUUUGACAAGGCUUCUUAUAACUAUGGCUGGAUGUUUUUUCUAGUCUUCCAAGAAGGGCCAUUUUAUUUUUUAGAGUCACUUCUAAAGUCCUGUGGUCUUUAACUUUGGGGACUGUUUUGCAUUUAAGUGCUAAUACAUAUUUAAACCCAAGUAGACCUCAUCACGUGUCACCCUCUGAAUGUUGAGGAUGGAAGGACUACCUUGCCUGUAGUAUCAGUAUCAGUUCUGGACCGAAAAGCUGGGGAAGAAAUGUAAUUUGCUUUUUUGCAUAAAUCAGAAAAAUAGCUAGUAUAUGGAGUUUCCUUGUUGACCUCAGCAGAUAAACUGAGCUGAUAGUGUUAUUCAGAUUCAGGAAGUUAUCUGAAUCUUGGUUUGUGUAGAUUUGCAAUCUACAUGCAAUAUUAACUAAAUCAAAUAGCUUUUACAGUUUCACCCGUGUACAUAGGCUCUCACCACCCUUUUCAGCAUCCAUUAGUUAUUGAACUUUGUAAACUGGCAUGGAAACAUUGCAACACUAUUUUGUUGCACCAGUUUUAUAAACUUUUACAGUGCAAUACGUGUUAUUUUUCAGAGACAAACCAAAGGUUAAUUUCUCAAGGUUCUUGCUGCCUGCUUUAGCAGCAUUUGAUGGAUGAUCUUUUAUAUACAUUUGUAAUAGAUGAAAAAUAAACCAGAUUGCAAAUCCUUUUUUUUUAAUGCUUAAACCAUGUACCAAGAUGUUGGUCCAAAAUCAUGUAAAAUAAGUUAAAUUGCAUUCUAUUAACCAUUAUGAGUGUAUUUCUGUAAGCAUAGUUAUGUUGAAAUAAAGUUUUAAAAAGCA